CGCCGUAAAAGCGACUCUUAAAUCGAUAUACCCAAGAAUUCAAGAAGACCGACUCUGCAACUCAGAGAGAGAUAGAACCACUAUCCUUGCCUCCGAAGCUUUCCAACUCUUCCGAUCACAUCUCUCUCUCUCUAUUCACAAUGUCAUGGCUCGCCAAAUCCAUCGCCAACUCUCUCAAACUCGACGACGACGACGAAGACGACCCCACCACCACCACCAACCAAAACCCUAACUCGAAUCCCUCCGCCGCAGACCCCGCCUUCGAUCCCCGCGGCGGCGUCAAAGGCGACCUCUCCGAGCUCACCAAAACCCUCAGCCGCCAGUUCUGGGGCGUCGCCUCCUUUCUCGCCCCGCCGCCCGAUGCACCCCCGCCGAAGCCGCAGGGAGACGAGCCCUCCGAGGAGGACGUCAUCGCCGGAAUCCGGAGCGAUUUCGCCGAGAUCGGCGGGAGGUUCAAGAGCGGGAUCUCGAAGCUUUCGAGCAACAAAGCGGUGUCGGAGUUCACUAAGAUCGCUUCGAAUUUGCUUCAGUUUGGAUCGGAGGAGGAGGCCGAGGCGGCUGGCCUCGCUCUCGGUGUUACGCCGGAGGUGCUUGCGUUCGUCAGAAAUGUCUCUAUGCAUCCCGAGACUUGGCUCGAUUUCCCUCUCUCUGAUGGUGAAGGGUCAGAUGAUUUCGAGUUGUCUGAUAUACAACAAGAGCAUGCUCUGGCUGUUGAACGUCUUGCACCGGCAUUGGCUGCUCUCAGGAUGGAACUUUGUCCUGAGCAUAUGAGUGAUUCUCACUUUUGGAUGAUUUACUUUGUGCUCGUGCAUCCUAGACUUUGUAAACAAGACGCUGAGCUUUUGUCUACACCCAAGAUAGUAGAAGUUAGAGCAAUGUUGUCUCAUGAGUUAAAGAAGGGAAAUAUGUCAAAGCCUGAAUCUGACCCUUCACUAAGUAGCGCUGCUUAUCCAAAAGAAAUUACUGAUUCUCCCAAACAACAGCAUCUUUCUGUACCACUUAGUGCCCAAUCUGACUUGGUGCCACCACAAACAUCUUCCAUGAGGUCAGCUCCUCUACCGGGAACAACUGAUAUUGAGACAGAGAAACACCCGGUUCGGAGUAGUGAAAUCCAAAUUGUUGACAAGCCUGUUAUUGAAGGACCGGUUAAAGAGACCAAUUAUCACCAGCCGCCCUCCAUUUCUUCAUCUAAAGUCUUGGACGAGAACGAUGAGGAUGAUGCUGAUGAUUGGUUGAAAGAGGAAUCAGAGAUGGAUGGGGACGGUGUUGGCGGAACUUCCAUCCCUAUAGAGAACGACGAGGAUGUAUCAUUCAGUGAUCUUGAAGAUGAUGAUGGAGAUGUGCCAUCAGGUUACAAGAAGGCCGCAUCUGGCUCUGACUCUUCAACCAAAGAUUCAAGAGAUUGGGUUCAACUAAGCAGAAGUUCUCCUGAUUCAGAUAAGGAUAACAACUCUGCUGAAAUCAGACGUGCAGGGUCUGCGCAGGUAAGUUCUCGUAACCCAGAGUCCAAAGAAUCUAAUGACUGGCUUAAUGUUGAUGAUAUUGAUGUCAUAUGAUGACAGCUUAAGAACUCUCUUUAGGUCAAUGUGGCCUAUUUGUUUGAUUCAUCCCUUAAUGUGUAUAGAUUGUGAAAGGUUUCUUUGGUCUGAGGUAGGCUAUGGGGACUGAUUGUACAUAAAGUUUAAUACUGGUAGGCUAUGCAAUGAUGUAUUUAUGUGUAGUAAUUACAGCACCAAACAAUAAUCUUGAUCUAUAUAUUUCAUCUAAAGUUCUACCUUUAAACUUAUCCGAAGCUGCAA